AUGUGGGCUCGAUCUCGAAAAGGUCUUCAGUUGCUGAAGGAGUUGAAGAAUAAAAGCGAAGACAAUCUCACGUCCGAUGACAGCCAUCACAACACGAGUACCGACUCGUCGUCCUAUGACUCUGGUAUUGAUUCGCCACAAGUGGUCGACCACUCCAUCCACAAGUCCAUUGUUAACCACAAAAGCAAUGCCAAUAAAUUGAGAUCAGUUGAGAUCAGGUCAGUGAACGGGCGCUCAUAUCAUACCAACAAUAAGGGGGAUAGUCUUCCGUGGAUCAGUCGUCCCAUUAGUGAUACCCUUCGCACUCUCGAUCACCGCAAAGUUGGACCACAAAUGGACGCCAAAAAUAUAGACAAAAGUUGUCUCAAAGAGUCUGAAUCUGAUGUGANUAGUCUUCCGUGGAUCAGUCGUCCCAUUAGUGAUACCCUUCGCACUCUCGAUCACCGCAAAGUUGGACCACAAAUGGACGCCAAAAAUAUAGACAAAAGUUGUCUCAAAGAGUCUGAAUCUGAUGUGAAGAAUGGAAAGCUUUUUCACGAAAUUACACGAGAUUUGGAUACAGUUAUGGAUUUGACACCAAUUGCUCCAAGAAGUGGACGCAUAUCGACUAAAAUUGCGAUCAAAAGAGUGAGUGAUUUCUAUAAUAAGAGCACAUCUUAUCUGAUCCUAAAACCUAAACCCCGACACAGAAUGCCUUCAGAGGUCGUCAAUCAAUAG